AGGGUCGCGAGUGAUAAUCUCGGGAAUCCCGAGGAUCACUUCACGGAGGAGAUGGGGCUCUCCAACGUGCUGUGGAUGACCCCGUGGGGUAGAAAUCUCCAGGGUGCUCCUGGGAUCCUUUGGGUGGGGGUCGCCACGGUGAGGAUGAGAAUCGGGUCUAUGCAGAAGGCACGGAAAAUGGACCAUAGAUUGUCAUGAGAAAUAAAAGCCGCUUACCUAGCCUCUUCCAGGAGAGAUGGUGGAGGUGGAGAUCUCGGCCAGGGCCUACGUGAAGAUGCAGCUGCAUGCGGCCAAGUUCCCGUCCCGAGCCGUCAAUGGGCUUCUCCUGGCGGAGAGGGCCCCGGACAUGGGGAGGGGUCAGUGCCUGGUGCUGACGGACUGCGUGCCCCUCUUCCACAACAGCCUCGCCCUCACCGUCAUGCUGGAGGUGGCCCUCAACCAGGUAGAUCUCUGGAGUGCUGCCAACAACCAGGUGAUCGCCGGUUACUACCAGGCCAAUGACCAGCUGCGGGACAGGAGUCCCAACUUGGUCGCGAUGAAGAUUGGGGAUCGUAUUGCUGAACACCUUGGGGGAGCCGUCCUGAUCAUGCUGGACAACACGAAGCUGUCGGGCGAGUACAGCGGGCCAGCCGUUGUCGUGUAUGAGCGCCAGGACAACAAGUGGACGCCCAAAGACAAGAACCUGGUGAUGUGGCAGGACUGGGUAGUGACGCACUCGGUGCUGAGGGAGCUGAUGGCGGCCCGGGCCUACGGCGGGCUGGUUGAUUUCGAUGACCACCUGGACGAUAUCCGCCGUGACUGGUCCAACACACCCAUCAACGACAAGGUGGAGGCACUGGCAGACCCCUCCACGCGCGGCGUAUGACCUUCGGGUGGGGGCUGGGCAGGAACUGCGCCCCUCAUUCGCCCCUCCCCUGCUGAGGUAGAGAUUCUGGGGGAUGGGGCAAGCGAGGGACGGGGUCUCUGUAGCAGCCAAGAAUAAACAAAAUCACGGAUAACCUCGA